GUUAGGGUAAGUUUGGCCAUCUUCCUCUCGACUUCUUGAUGAGCAUCUUCUUCAAUCCGCCAUUGCAAGGAAUUGAUAAUCACUGACUAUGCAUCCAUUCGGAUCACAGUUACUCAGUUCGCAUUACGCUGCCAUCGGAUGGGACCCUGAUAACGAUUACGCUCAGUUGACCAAACCGACUCGAGCACUACUCGAUCUUAACUUCCUGCCUGGGAUCCAUUUCUCGUUGGGCAAGCUGCCUGCACAUCAGUUUGCAAAUUCGGCUUCGCUUUCCGUCCUCAGUCCACCGUCAAACAUUUCACUCGCCCAACGAACAUUACCCCAGUCGUCCCCUUAUCCGACGCUAACAGGCAGCGUCUCUUAUGUGGCAUCAAGUAUCCAGUCCUUCCAGUUGGUUCCAACCAGAUUGGCCGCCCUCACGACGGUAGUCGAUCGAUUCGCAGUCCCUUCUCCUCCUCCAAAUAAGUCGGCUGAGCAGCACAAUGGCACUUUUAAUACGGCGCAAGACUAUCUGCUUUACGGCCGAUUUCACAUUCCAACAUAUAGGUUAGAUGCCUUGUACUCGUACCAAUUUUCGCCGACUUUACAAGCGCUGGCAACACUCGUAUCAGUACCUUCUUCAACGUCGAAUUCAUUAGGGAUCAGCGGCAAUGGCGCGAAUCAAGAUGGCUCCCCGAUUAAUCACAUGUCGAACGGAAUUGGAGGGCCAUCGAUUUGGAACAUGAUGGUAUCCAUGAACCAUGACACCGGGAAAUGGUCCCAACAAUACAGUUAUUCAACAGAGGAUGGCUUAUUUGGAGCCCGCGUCUUACAUAACUUUCCUGCUACAACUACCGUUAGGCGUCGGGAAAACAAUUCGGCUCUCGCCCAUAAUGCGGCACAAGAUAGCCAAGUUAGCCUGACGUCAACCGAUAGGAAAAAAUUGAUCGACGAGGAUGAAGUGAUGGAUAACGUCUUGAAAGGUCGCUUCUCCGUCGGCGGGGAACUCUAUUUUUCGGCUCAGAGGAAAUCUGCAGGUGUCUCAACUGGAAUCAGGUUUUGUACGAUCCCUGAUCCACCUGGAGCCGCGUUAACCCAACAACCCACGGUCAUCAACGCGACUCUAAACCCCAUCAUGGGCCAAAUCAGUACCUCCUAUGGCACGAAAAUCGGGCCCAAUCUAGCUAUGGCUACUCGAUUCGAUUUCAAUUUCUUUUCGUUCGAUUCAGAUAUCACGUUUGGAUUAGAACUGCUUCAAAAGAAACGCGCCAAGGAUUCUCACCUUAAUACCCAUCAACCUCAUGAGCUACUAGUUGAGGGAGCCGAAGGCAAAAGGGACUUGAAAAUCAUGGAAAAGUCUUACUCGAACUCAACAAGCAUGGAUAAGCAGGAUGUCAAUAGAGCCCCUGGAACCGCGAACAAUUACUUGAUCCAUUCCUUCUGGCGGACGGUUUCAGGAUUGGAGGAUACUUUGAGUAUCCUCAGGGCCAGGGUUUCUCCAGUAACAGGAUUAACGUUAAUGUGGGAAGGUAGAUGGAAGGAAUGUCUGAUCGGCAUCGGCAUUCAGUCCGAGUUUUUGGUCUCUUCUCCUCCAUUGUGCUUGUCAGCCACUACACAUCCCUCGAUCAAUGAGAAACAGCUGCCCAAGGUAUCCAGUCAUCCUCGUCAGCAAUCCCCGUUGAUCAAAGGAAUCUGUUUAGAACUUCAAUAUACUACCGAUAAUUAGGGAUUCUUGAGUAUAUUUAUUUUCUGGGCUUUUGUGCCGAACCGUGUUUUCCCUGAUCUUUUCUUCUAAUCACAAUCGAACAAUGAUUACAGUAUGUGAAGUUUACUCUUUUGCGUAGUUAACCAAUACUUGAGAAAUGAGAAAGGUAAUAUUGAAGAUAA